AUGAAUGCAACUUGCAACGGCAGCAGCAUGUGGCCUGAUUCAAUCACCUACGUCUUCACCACCUACUCAGCCUUGCUGUUGGUGCUGGGCCUGUUGCUCAACGGCCUGGCACUCUGGGUAUUCUGCUCUCGUAUGCACCAGUGGACAGAGACCCGCGUCUACAUGACCAACCUGGCUGUGGCUGACCUCUGCCUGCUCUGUUCCUUGCCAUUCAUGCUGUACUCCCUGAGAGACACUUCAGACACACCAAUCUGUCAGCUCUCACAGGGUAUCUACCUGGCCAAUAGGUACAUGAGCAUAAGCUUGAUCACUGCCAUUGCUGUGGACCGCUAUGCGGCAGUGCGGCAUCCGAUACGUGCCCGUGAGCUGCGGUCCCCACGACAGGCUGCCGCAGUGUGUGUGACGCUCUGGGUGGUAGUGGUCAUCUCCCUGGUAGUGCGCUGGCGCCUGGGGCUGCAGGAGGGUGGUUUCUGCUUCAGGAACCACAGCCGGCAAAACUCCAGCACCAUCGCUUUCUCGCUGCUGGGCUUCUACCUGCCGCUGGUUGUAGUGGUCUUCUGCUCUUUGCAGGUUGUAACUGCGCUGGCGCAGAGGCCAACCACUGAUGUAGUGCAGGCAGAGGCCACCCGCAAGGCCACCCACAUGGUCUGGGCCAAUUUGGCUGUGUUUAUCUUCUGCUUCCUGCCGCUGCAUGUGGUCCUGACUGUGCAGUUCUCCAUGGGCUCUGUUCACACCUGUGCUGCGCGUCACACCUUCGGCCGUGCCCUGUCCAUCACAAGCAGACUCUCCGAUGCCAACUGCUGCCUGGAUGCCAUCUGUUACUACUACAUGGCCAAGGAGUUCCAAGAUGCAUCCAUGUCAGCCGUGUCCUCCAGUACACCCCACAAGAGCCAAGAUUCUCAGAGUUUGACUCUCACCUAGAAGUGAGCAUGUGCCGUGAAUCAGAGGAACCUGUGAUAUCAGCAAGGAGCCCC